UAUGCUUUGCGUGUCUGAGACACUUUUACCACAAAAAAUAACAAACGCUAACAAUAGAACUGGUCUGUUGGUCGCUAAGGAGUAGUGAGUUCGCUGGAGCAUAGGAGAGAAGGGAAGUGUAGUGGUAAACAUAAGCGCAACCAGACAGGAAUCACGCCGGCAACAUAAGCAGAUAUGUUUAGCUGGCUGUUCUGCUUGGUAGCGGUUCAAGCAGGCGAAGUGCGGCCUGGCAUUGGAUUCAAAAGAAGAAGGAAAUGACGAAGCAGUUGAAGACGAGCAGCAUUUGAUGUGUCACACUUUUUCAUGUUGACGUUGCGACGCAGUGAGGCAGUUUGUUUGAUGUGCAGGGUUGACAGGCUGGUUGCCGCUUGUUCGAAUGCCUGCAGGACGAAAAUUUUGUCUUGGAAUUUUAUUUGGCGCAUGAACAAUGUCAAAGGAAUGGUGACAGUGAGACCGCCGGAAUAUUGUUAAAUGUUUUAGUCGUUGCACGGAAGUCAAUUUGAGUCGAACUCUUUGAAGAGAAAACGCUUACGAACUCUGUUAGCUCACAAGACAACGCGUGCAAAAGUUUUUUUUUUAGUUGUUUUUUCCUUACAUAUUUGACAAAACUACUUAGCAAGUUAAUGGGCACAUGAAUAAUCAUUAUAAUCAUUGUAUAAAUUAAAAGUUUCAACAUGGAAAUGCUGAAAGCACCCACGAUUUGGGAAUCUGCCAGUCGUCCGCUUUUCGUGCGUUCCACUUGGUUGGAGGCGCCGAAAACAGGUCGCGCGGGUCCGCAACGUCACUUCAUAUUGGACUACGAGCCGAACCAGCGUCGUGUGUACUCAAAAUCGGCUGUGAGCGGUAGCAGAAAUAAGGCGCAUGCCACUCUACAACAUUCGUAUUCAUACGACUUCGCAAGCGAUUGGCAAAAUCAUAGACAGUGCGGUUUUUCAGAAGACUCUACCACAGAUUUGCUGCUAAUAGUGCCAGCUAAAGUCGAACCAUCACCGGCCACCACAGCGUUGACAAUUUCAGCGCAACAAACGCAGCAGAAAUUCACAGCAAAAUCAUUGACUGCCUCUUCUAGGACCCAUCAAAAGCGUGCAACGCUCUUCUUUAGCAACCACGCGGUACGUCGUGGACCACUUCACGAACUUUACGAGCUGUAUUCCCGUCACAGUUCACUCCAAGAUCUACAAUCGACACUUUCGCAAGCGAAUUCGCACGCGGAUGAGCGUUUGGCGGAGCGUGUGCUCAAUUGGUUGGAUUUGGCUGGCAAGCGUGUCGAUACACAACAAGCUCAACCCAUAGACACCAUUGAUAUGGUGAAGCGCCCAAAAAAGUCGUACGUAAAGCUGAUGCCAUCGCAAGCGCCACCGGGGCCUAAUGAAAUUAGCAAAAAGGGGAUGCGCAUUGCCAACACACAAACGCAAGCGUCUGCACCGCCGCCACCUGCUGUCCCAUCACGUUCCCGUAAAAAUAUGCGCAACGCUACGAGUGGAAUACGUGCGGAACAAAGUCCUUGCGUUACCGCCACCGCCAACCAACCGGCUGCUCACUCGCGACCCUCAGACCCCGUUAAGCACAUCACAAUCAUAUUCGAUCGUGAAGGCGUGCCCGUGCGUUUCAAUCGCCCUGUGCGCAAUAUUGAUUUAUGUACGCUCAGCACCAGUCCGGCGACUGUACGUCGGCUAGCGGGACCGUUAGCAUCUGCUCGCCUAUACUCUGAGGCGGAAAAGUGUGUAGCCAAUCAAGCACCACCAACAACAACAAAAGCUAAGCCUCCGAAACCGCGAACAUCCGAUAUGGAAUAUGGCACAUUUGGUACGAAAGCGUCACACAAGCGACCACACGAUACGGGAGUCUUCGAUGCCAAAAAACAGCUGCACAUAUUUAUGCCGAGCCUGCCGAAGAAGGGUCUGUUAACGGCUGUAGGCCCGAAUGUCAGUGGUUGCGGUAGUGUGGACGAUACACUAAGUGGGCUGAGCAAUACGUUCAGUGAACUUUGUAAAAUUUAAGGCAUAAGUAGUAGUGAAUACCAAAGAGAUGUGUGAAGGCUAUGUUCAAUAAAAUGUGCGCCUAACAAAAGUCAAAUUUUUGGAAGUUUUUUAAAUGUAAAAUUGAAAGCAGGUGAAAGAAAAACUGGCACGGUUAGCUUGGUUGAUCAGAAAGACCAUUAGUUGGUUAUUUGUGUUAGCAAGAAAGUGGUUGCCUGGGCUUAAACUCUAGUAAUA